AUGGAUAUUGGGAAGGCGGAACGGAUGAAAACGGUGCAAGAAGUGAUCAAGGAGACCAAAAAGCAUGUAAAGCGGCUGCAGACACAAGAUAUUGUAGGUUCUUUAUUCAAAUUCUGUCUAAAUGUUUUUACUUUAUCAUGGAUAACGUCAAAAGAAAUGUUUUAGGUUUCAAUAGUGUGUGUUACCACAAUUCUGCCGCUUGGAUACCUCAUCGAGAUCACAUAUGUCCUCAGUUUUUGGUUUGAACUCUUUUCUGACCAAUGGUUCCUCCGAGUCCUUCCCCUGACAAUGAUCGCUCUCAACGUCUACUUCAAUAUUGUGCAGAUGUUCAGAGUGGGGCCGAAUGGCUUCAAUACCGAGCUCCCAACCAUCCAGAAGCAAGGAUUUAGGUAUUGCCAUCAAUGUCAGUUGAAUUCCCCUCCGAGAGCAUACCAUUGUCCAUGUAAGAUUAAUUUAUAUUUUAUUGCUGGAUUCUUCAAGUAAAUGAUCUUGAAUUUUUUAUCUCCGUUUUUUGCAGCUUGUGAUACCUGCGUGCUCCGUCGAGAUCACCAUUGUUCGUUUGCGGCCAUUUGCGUUGGCCAUUUCAAUCAGCGGUACUUUGUGGCGGCCAUUUUGAAUCUCUGGAUCGUCAUGGCUGUUUGCGCAACGUGGAAUUUCUACUUCGUAACUGAUGUAGUGUCCCAUGUGAAGUCGAUUCCAACCGUAUGGCAAGUAAUGGUCCCUCAUUUGGCCCUGAUGAUGGGAUAUCUGACUUUUUAUCAGUUUUUGUCCGUGUUCUUCUUCGUUUCUUCGGUCACAGCUCUGAUGUUUGUGACGUAUUUGGUCGCAGCUCAGGUCUUCUGCAUUUACAGAGGUCAGACGCGCGUGGAAUAUCUUCUGGUAAGCGUUUGAGACCAGCUUUCAUUAUUCUUGGUGUAAUUUAUAUUAUCCAUGACAUCUUCCAGAACAUUUAUGCAUAUAACCUUGGAUUCCGUGAGAAUCUGAAGCAAUGUCUUGGCCAGUACUGGAUCCUGGCCCUGAUCUCACCCUUCCUCCCCUCCCCGUUACCUUCCGAUGGCAUCUCAUUUAGAACUUUCGACUCUGACGACAUCUCCAAAACAACUAAAUUUCUCUGA